AUGAAGGUUCCGGUGAAAAAGAAGGAUCGAGGGUCUGUGACUAUUCCGUGUACCAUUGGAGAUAGAUCCUUCAAGAAAGCUCUAAUUGAUUUGGGAGCGAGUGUAAGUCUUAUGCCGCUAUCCAUCUAUAAGAGAUUGGGGAUAGGUAAAGUUCAAGAUACAAGAAUGACACUCCAGUUUGCUGACCACUCUGUGAAGAGACCGUAUGGGAUAGUAGAAGAUGUGCUAGUAAAGAUCGACAAGAUGUUCUAUUUUUUCUUUGAAUCAAGAAAUGGUGCUAAGGAUGCACCAGUUGUGAUAUGGUUGACUGGAGGUCCAGGUUGUGCAAGUGAAUUAGCUUUGUUUUAUGAGAAUGGACCUUUCAAAAUUAACAAUGAUUUGUCUCUUUCAUGGAAUGAAUAUGGUUGGGACAAGGGAUCAAAUAUUAUUUUUGUUGAUCAACCCAUUGGGACAGGUUUCAGCUACAGUUCUGAUGAAAAUGAUAUUCCUACGGAUGAAGCUGGUGUUAGCAAUGAUUUGUACACUUUCUUGCAGGCAUUUUUCAAGGAACACCCUCAAUUCGUUAAGAAUGAGUUUUAUAUUACCGGAGAAUCAUAUGCUGGACAUUAUAUUCCAGCUCUCGCAUCCCGGGUUCACAAAGGAAACAAAAACAAAGAAGGAAUUAUUAUAAACUUCAAGGGUUUAGCUAUUGGUAAUGGAUUGACCAACCCAAGAAUUCAAUAUCAAGCAUACACUCAAUUUGCACUUGAUAACAAAUUGAUUACAAAGGAAGAUAAAGCUGAUAUCGACAAAUUGGUCCCAUCUUGUCUGGAUGCCACAAAAACUUGCGAGAAUGAAGGUGGAGAUAGUUGCAAUAUAGCCGCAGAUGAAUGUGAACAGAUAUUUUCCAGCAUUCUUUCCGUUGCAGGCAAUGUUAAUUACUAUGACAUCAGAAAGAAAUGCGAGGGAUCGUUGUGUUAUGAUUUCUCAAAUGUGGAGACACUUUUAAAUAAGAAGACAGUUAGGGAUGCUUUAGGCGUUGGGGACAUAGAGUUUGUUUCAUGCAGCAAUGAAGUGCAUAGAGCUUUGAAUCAAGAUUUGAUGAAAAACUAUGAAGGGGAUAUUCCACCACUUCUUGAGGAUGGAAUCAAGGUUCUUAUAUAUGUUGGAGAAUUUGAUCUUAUUUGCAAUUGGCUUGGUGAGUGAUAUAUCAUAUAAUUA